AUAGAAAAUUGUAAAGCCUGUACGUACAUUGCGGAUUUCUUAAUCGACGAAGACGUUUCAGCGGAAUUUUAUGUUACCAACAAUUGCCGUAGCACUAUAAUGCCAUUAUUUUCUAGUUCUUCACCCUUUGACCAAGAUGUUGGUAAGUUGAAGUCUACUUCCUUCUCUUCGCUGUUCGAUAAACAAAGUGAAUGACUUUCGUGCCUUUUUCUUGUUCACAGAGAAAGCGACAAGUGAACUCAACACAACGGAAGACUGGCAGCUUAUUAUGGAAUUAUGUGAUCGUAUUCCUCGGACACCAUCUGGGUUUGUAGACUAAGUAUUGAAAAUUUAAAUAAGUUGUCGUUCCUCGAAUCAUGUUGUAAAUCGCCUUUAUAUUUUACGCUGAAAUUUAUCCUCAAUGUAUUCCUCAUCAGCUUCUUUAUAUUGUUGCGAAUUGUUAAAGUUGGACUUGAGCUAAGAAAUUGUUAACUUCUGAAUCUUUAACUUGACAUUUCCGUGACACUUCGCCGUAAAUUAUCCUAACAGUUGAAUUUUGGCACAGCUUUGUGCAUUGAACUAAAAAGAUGACGUAGCUUUAAAGGAUUGACCUUCAUGCUACGCAGUUUUCAGUUAUUUGGACAUGUCAGCUGUAAUUGAUAAUCAAUCUACUGUUAUUGAUUUUCCUUUUGUCGACAGAAAGUGAUAAAUUGGUGUAAGCUUAAUAUUUUGAUCCUUCUGUGUAAUAAUAAUAAUUUGUUUUAAGCUUGUUUGUGCAUUUUUCUGUAAUUUGUUUGUAACUUGCUUCCUAACAAUAUGACUGUCAUGAGUUGACAGUUUCUCAUUAUCCAAAAUAAUAUUUAUUUCUAGUAUUUGCGAGUAAUGAUUGUGAGCCCUGAAUUCCUAAGCUUUCUUUGCUACAUAAAUGUAGCAAGCCCUCCAAGUUCUAGAAAAAGCAUACUCUUCUACUCUUCUCAGAUUUUCAGAGUCAAACCAACCACAAUGCUUGAUCCUUGUGAUUGUGAUUAACUUAUUCUUAAUCUAUGUUUGGUUGCAUCUGAUACAUGUGUGGUUCCAGAAUUAUUCUAUAGUUAUUAUGGUGGAGGUAUGGUCAAAAUGAAAUUCAGAUUAAAUGGGAGUCAACCCAGGUUGAUUUUGCCUUUCCUUUGUUUCCUAGCCCUUAUUAUAACUAUUAUGCACAUGUCAUCUGCUUGCCCCAGAGGCAGACCCCCGCGCCAGUCAGGGGAAUAUGUUGGGGAAUACGGUGGGAUAGACUGGAUUCUCUACCCCUGGGAAGGGAAAAAUUCACGACAUUGUUUUAGUUCAAGAGAAGAGGGUGGGCGAAUUGCAAAUUUUGUAAAAUCUUGGAUGGUAACCAUGGGAAUAUCAUGAGGAUUUAUCGCAAAAAGGGUUUUAUAAAAGGGGAAGCAACUAACUCGGUGAGAGAAAUUUUUUAACAAAGCAAACGAGACCUUGAACCAGGCUACCCUUUGAAGCUCGUUCAAGAAUUAAUACUGACUGAAGUUAAGUUCACCAACAGAAUUGAUGCUCUUCGCAACAAAACAAAACAAACAAAAGAGAUUUUACUGUUUGUUACUACCUACAAUUUCUACAAUCCAGGCACACCGAAUCUCAAAAAGAUUCUCAUGAAACACUGGGACAUCAUGCAUUCAACAGCAACCUAAGCUUAAACAUAUCUUAAACCAGCCACUGAUUGUCUCCUACAGGAAGGGAAAAUCUCUCCAAGACAUUCUAGUCUGCGCGAAAAUUCCUCAAAUCUCGCAACAAUCACAAAGUCAACAAAGCCAUUAAAAGCAAACUAGGACUUGCAAAUUGCAUACUAUCACCUUAACUGGCUUUUAAAAAUGGCAAUCACGCAUCCAUUCCUUUUAUUAAAAAACAACCAGGUCAAUAUAUUUUCAGAUCUCUUAUGUGUUGUAAACCUAUCACUGAUCAUUCUUAUUAUGAAUGCAGAAGCUGAGGACUCAUAGACUUUAUUUAAAAAUUCAUACAUAGAUGAAAAGCAAUGGAUAAAGUUGUAAUGUUUGAGCAUCAUGAGGUAGAUUAUUUCAGAUCAUCUUAAGUAGUCUGUGGAAAAACUAUCAGUCUCUCCUAACCUUGGUCUUCAGGGGUUCUUUCAUUGUAGUGAUUUUUUUUUCAAUAAAGAUAUAAUAUUGCUUUUCCAAGCCUAACACAAUUGAGUAAAAUUUCAUCCCCAAAUAUCAUAAAAAUGCCCCCCUGCGUCAGGUGAAUCCCAGUUAUAUGAGGUGGAUAUCAGGGGGAUUUUUCGUUGAGAAGCACUUGACCCAGGGGACUUUGUCUUAUUAAAUUCUCCCACCCAGGGGGAAAUCCUCAACUUUGCUCCUUCCAUUUUACAAUCCCCCCUGGUUGGCCCAUGGGUCUAUCCCCGGGGUAAGCCAAUGACAUGUGCAUUAGGACUAGUAGACAAAGGAAAUGUAGAAUGAACCAAGGUUAAAACGCUAUUAAGCCAAACUUCAUUUUGAUCUUCAACAUAUUUGUACCCUCCUGUGGAUGGUCAGUGGGCAUUCUAAGGGGUUAGAAAGGUCCGGAGAUGUUAAUAUCCAGGGGAACGUGGAUUGAACAUAUCUGACUUUUUUCUAGAAUGGCUAGCAUCAGAUUCAGGGGGAGCAAGCGGUUGUGCAGUUGUGAGAGCACACACCCGCCACCAAGAGUUCAUGUCUAAUGUGAAAAGUUGAACGUCUGGGAUUUUAACUGGGCUACACAGCAUGCAAAGAAAGUCAUGUCCGAUAGCCCGGGGCUAGAGGAUUUUGCUAUCGGGCUAGUGAUUUUUGUUCUUAACUUGCCCAAUGGGCAAGUGAAGUUUUUUGGGGAAAUUCAAAUUACAGAAGGAUUGUAAUCAAUCCUGCUAAUCAGAGAGGGUUUUGCAGGGCUUCUGAUAUUUCGCGGCAAAAAAAGCAAAAUUUCGCGGGAUUUUCAGGGGCAAAUUCGCGGAAAAAUCAACCGAUUUCGCGGGAUUUUCGCGGGAAAAAAGUCAAAAUUCGCUGAAAAAUCGGCCGAUUUCCGGGAUUUUCGCGGGAAAAAAGUCAAAAGUCGCGGAAAAAUCGGCCGAUUUCGCGGGAUUUUAGCGCAAAAAAGUCAAAUUUCGAAGGAUUUUCAGGGGCAAAGUCUUAGAAAAAUCGGCUGAUUUCACGGGAAAUUUCGGGGGAAAACUUCGCCAAGAAACAAUCAGUAAAAAACAGCCGAUUUCGCUGGAUUUUGGGUGGAAAUUUCGCUAAAAUCGAUCAAUUUUGUGUCGAUAUGACCAGCGUUGUUUAACUUUUUUUUAACAUGGACAAACAUUUGUUCUUUCAACGACAGUUCGCUCGAGAAAUGAGCGAAUGCUAAAGCUAUUAACAUUAUGGUUAGUGCCCAGUUUUUCGCAACGUUCAUCUAAAAACGCCUGGUAGUUUUGGAACGUUGUUUACGUGUUGCAGUGACGAAGUUUCAAGAUAAAUUUGGACGUUUGGGGUGAAUAAAACAGGUCUAAUAGCCAAGAUAAGUAUUAAAUAUGUUUUGUCGACAUAUAUUUGGAAAUAUUUCUGGCGGAUUUCGCGGUGUUUCGCGGAAAUACCUGAAUUUCGCGGGUCCGCGACCACGCGAAAUAUCAGAAGCCCUGGUUUUGGGACUAGUUGAAAUGACUUGUGGGUGGGCUAGUACAUGCUAGCUACAGCUUGCCCGAAUGAGAGGCCGUAAAACUGACUUUCUUUGCACCCUGCUACAUGUAGUUCUUACUCUUUCCUGGAGCAGGCUUAUUUUGAUUUUAGCGUCAUAAAAAUUUAAGGGAGGGUAACCAUGAUACAGUAGGUUAGUGCAUCUUUAACCCUCACAUUGAUUUUGUAUCUUUUUGUGUGUUUAGGCCCAAGGAUGCACUGCGGUCAAUAAUGAAAAGGAUUAACCAUAGAGUUCCUCAUGUUGCCAUUCAGGCGCUUACUGUAAGUCAGACACUAAAAUGAAAUUUAAACGGAAACCAUCAGGAAAUUGAGUAAUAUUAAUUUUCAGUGGACAAAACCCUUGUACCAGAUGAAACUGUGUCACAUUCUCUUUUACACUUGUCAAGGGCUUUAUUAUAAUAACACCAAAGACAAUUUCGUAUUUGAGCCUAAGAAAAUGAAUUUCAAAUUUCACAGGAAUUGAAAAAACACAGAUAAAAUGUCAUGCAUCGGUAUUUCCCCAGCUCCCACAAGACAUUUUCUUUGGUCUUUUCACAGAUAACUAAAUAUAUCUGUAGCCCUAUCUAGAAAACUGUAAAAAAGAGUGCAAUAUGCCGUAAGUUAUUCUGGUACAGAGUACACAUUGUAUUUGUCCACUGAAAAUUAAGUUUAUUCAAUUUCUUGGUGGAUUUUGUCUCAAACCUUUGUUUCCAAAGAUAGAGUGUCAAGAACUUGAAAAUAAGCACCCAUAAUAAUCAGCAUUCAAGUAACUUUUCAUUGUUUCAUAUUCUUUAUCUCUUGAAAUUGCUGGAUAAUCACUGAAGCAUUCAUUGUUUUGUUUUAUUUAGCUCUUGUCUGCUUGUGUGAAUAACUGUGAUAAAGUAUUUCACUUGGAAGUUUGCUCCAGAGACUUUGUCAAUGAAGCAAAGAGUAUCAUAUCGAGAGUAAGUUAGCAUUAAUAUUAUUAUUUUUUUAAUAAACUGAAGAGACGGGUCAAUACCAAAAAGAGGGGUUCAGACCUAUAUUUUUUUAAAGCUGCCAUGUCCAAUCACAAAAAACUUGCAGUGUCGUAUUCUGACUUGUGAGGUUAAGAUAACUUUGUUCUUAGUACUUACAUGUGAGUUAAUUAAUCCUUAAGGGCUCCUUUUUUCCGCCCAAGGGGUUUGUAGGUUCCUAAAUUAAAAAUUCUGGUAAGAGCACUAACAUUGUGUAAAUGGAAUGAAAUUAUUGUAUGAUGGUCAUAUCGUAAUCAUCAAGAUCAUUAUUGCUCAAUGUACUAGAGGGCACAUACAAUGCCUGUCUUUUCUGCCCAAACCACCCUGUUUUGUACUGUAGCCAUUGGCCUUCCUCUUAUUUUAGAACCAUUCAGGCCUCCGACUUAUUGCUGAAGUUAUAAUAUGUAAAAGGUAAACUUUACCAAGACCUUGAUGAUGAAGGAAUGGCCUGAAAGUUUCCCCUAAGAUCCACAUAAUAUUACCUACAAUGUACUGUAUAAUAAUUAGUUAUAAUUUUAUAACUUUUCAGGCACAUCCCAAAGUAACAGAAAAACUGAAAGGCCUUAUAAAAGAAUGGUCUGUGAGCUUCAAAGAUGAUCCCCAGUUAAGGUGUGUAAUUUAUUUUCAAUGCUUAUUUACAAGGCUUGUUUGUUAUUCAUCUCCCAUAUUAAACCAGAUAUAUAGUUCAUGUUAUGUUUCUAAAAAUCUAUACAUGUAAGUAACAUAAUAUUUAUUCUCUUUGUCCUGAUAAUGGCUUAUAUUUCAGUCUAAUACCAGCACUUUAUAAGGAACUUAAGGCAGAAGGAGUAGAAUUUCCCAGUGACACAUCUAAGGUUGGUAGAUUUUUUCUGAGCACUCUGUGCUCUGAUGUUUUUAUAUCAUGACUGGUGGUCAUUUGACAAUUUCUUACUACAAAAUUUGACCUUGAUGGACAAAAUCAUACCUUCAGUCAUGUACAAUGUAUUUUGUAAGAGAGUUGUCUGUGAUUUGGCCUCCAAAAUUCAUGACUCAUGACUUAAAUCAGUGUUUACAUAGUAACUGGUAGUUAUGUGGUUUCAGAUGAAAUUUUUUUCGAGAUUAUGUUUCUCCUGAUCUCUUAUCAUAAAGUUUUGAGUUCUGCUUGCGAACAAUCAGCAGCAAAACACAAAUGCUGCUAAUGUCAAAAAGUCUUAUGUCAUCAUGUUUACAAGACUUGUGAACUUUUUGUGUCUGUUGGUCAUAAACACUAGCUAGAAAACAUAAUUACUACAUCGACUGAUCAGCACUCAUUGACCAGAUUUUGGACAAAUCUACAUCAUUAGUAUGGAAUGCUAGGGGCUGAAUUGCAGAUGACUCUCCCAUAUUUAUCCCCAGUGGCAAGGAGUUAGGAGAGAUGGCUGUAUUUGCAGGCUGCAUGUAUUCUCCAAUGGCUAUUAUUUUGACAGUGAAGAUUUGCAGUACUUACAUAUUGAAACUAUGUCCAACUACAUUGUCUGAAUAAAAUCUGAAUUAUGCAACUUGGUUGGACUUCUUGUCUUUUGUGUUUGUAUAAAGACAAAUGAUGGAGCAGCCCUGCUUUAACAUUAAGGUUUUCCUUUUUUGUGAAGGACUCAAGCUCAAGUUUGUCCAGUUCACCCCCUCGAUCAUCAUCAGCAAAGUCAACAUCCAGUACACGACAAGAAGAUGAAGAUUUGGCCAAAGGUACUUACACAUUGUACUUGUACUUGGAUAAAAGAUGUUGUUUUUGGUUAUUGACUAUGGACACUAAUAUCUUUCCCUUUUUAAUGAUUCAAGGGUUGCAGUUAUCAUCAAAAGUUAAAUGAUAAAAAUUACCGGUGGAGAAAUGAGAUAUGUUGUUCAAUAAUAAUUAUUUUCAGCAGUAGAUUUUGGCAUUUAUUACAUCCACUAUGAAAUCAGUAGCCAUCUGUGCAAUCUGAUUGGCGCUCAGCAGUGUCAUUUACUUCCAAAUUGCACCAUUUUUUGCUCUAAGUUACAUCUUUUUCCCAGCCAAUGAAAAAGGAACACUAAAACAGCACAACCAAACAGAUUUCAAAUCUUGUUUAAAGUAACAAAUCAAAUUUCAGGUUAAGUGGAUGUAAUAAAGUGGUAAUUAAACUUUGUGUCAACUGUGCAAUUUUUGUCUGAAAUCAUACUUGUGAUUUCAAAUUGAACUCGCGCUGCUACAAGUAGGUUGACUCCCCUCUUCUGUCUCCUAGAUAGCUCUAAUAAUAUUAUUCAUGAACCAGGGCUAGAACACAAAGAAAAUUUAGAAUCAACCCAGGCUAAAAUUUUUAAUCUGAAUAUAAUGUAACAUAGAUAUUAAUCAUAAAAUUAAUAUACAUUGUAAUUACACUACCAGCACUACCCUGUGUGUUCUCUCCACUACCACUGCACUAUACUGGAGUGAAUGUGAAACUUACACUCCUUUCUCUGUCAUUUUGCACUUCACCUAAAACAGAGAUUUGCAUCCCUAUGUUAGAAUUGCUGGCUCCCCAAGUCAGUGUUGGAUAGUGUACUUACAACUUGUAUUACUGUAUAAAUAAUUUAAGUUAAAAAAUUAAGCAUCUGUCUACAGGGAAAGAGUGAUUAUAAAUAAUUUUGAGAAUUAUGUGUUGAGUUAAGUUUUUGGAUUUUUUGUAGCAAUCGAGUUGUCUCUCCAGGAGGCUGAAGCUGGCAAGGUAAGACACAAGUUUGAACUUUUAUUUUAUACCGUGAUAAUCAUGAAACUCUAAAAAGUUAUUUUGAUAUCUACAAUUUCAGUUAAUCUACACUGUGCAAUGUACUUUAGAGUGAGUAUUUAGAUCCAUGUGAAAUUACAGUGCAACUAAAGAGAGCUAGAUCACCUCCUGAAAAAAUGAAUGGAAUUAAAAUGAAAUAAAACUUUACUUUUUAAGUUUAUGACUUGUGAAUUUAUGACAAAGCUUUCAAUGCACCCUUGAUCACUAAGAAAUUAAGUUAUACAGUUUAUUAAAUGAAUAUGCCAGUGAUUAAAAUCUUUCUUUCGUUGUGCAAGAAAAAUAUUCCUGCACCUUGAGAAAAUCACCUUGAUGUGCACAAAAACCACAAAUGCUUUGUACAGUAAAAGUGUUAUUAAUAUAUUUUUUGUCUGGUUUAUUCAUCAGCCAAAGGUUUCCAGUCUUUAUCCCAGUUUCAGUACUCCUUCACCUGCAGCUAUAAGAAAGGUAGGUAUCCUGUACUCUUACAACACUCCCAACCUCAAAAGACAGUCUAUUCCCUGUGUGGCAUUUUAGGAAGGAACUAAGAAAGACUUAAGUAUUUUGUCUUGCUUGAAUUUGUUGGGUUGCAAUUUACUGGCAAACAACUAAGCAUCAGAUUUCAGGAUAUCCCCAGUCAGGUUUCUAACAAAUAAGAGCUGUCAAAUUGUUUCUUUAAGCUUCUAUCAUUGAUUGCAUGCUGUCUCUGAGAAGCAUUCCUCGAAACCAAUAUUAUUAAACUUGUAUUUUUAUGUACAAAUUCUCCAGAGUAAUCUCUUAUAUAUAUUUUCUCUAAAGAAUGCAUUUAGCGAAUUUGUUUUAAAAAUCAAAGCAUUUUCCCUUUGUUUGUCAUAACCUUUUCACUGAUUUAAGUACUGGCAUUGUUAGGAGAAUAUUGAUAUUGAUCACCAUUAGGGCUUAAAGGGUAAAGAAAACUUCACAUUAAGCAGAGCCCAUGAAUUACUUGUGCAUCAGUUUGAGUUAGCACCAAACAUUUCUUUUAUAUUUCUGUUCAAAGUGCAUUAUCAAAGUAGACACUUCCAUUAAUUCUGACACACACUGUAAACAUAAAUGACACUUUUAGGUUGAGGUGAAGAAAGUCAGAGCCCUGUAUGACUUUGAGGCAGUGGAAGACAAUGAACUCACCUUUAAGUCUGGAGAGAUCAUUUCUGUUCUUGAUGACAGGUUGGUAGGUCGUAAAACUUGCUAAGCUCCAAUGGUAGUGACACAGCCCACUGUAGGCAAUGUGGACUGACGUAGCCUAGCAUUCAUGAUUCUGGGCAAGAAAGUGAAAGCUGUGUAUUGUAAACCAUGGUGGCAGCAAAUUGAGUUUUUGUUGUUGUUAGUUUCAAGUUUAAUCAACUUUAAUUUGCAUGUUGAAACUACAGCACCAUAGUGCAUUGUUUGGAGCAAUAUCAUCUAUUAAUCUUGGGUAACCUGUACAUCCGAGUGUCAUUGGGUGUCCUGUGUACUGUGAAGUCGUGUGCUGUCAUUUCUACUGUCAUAAAUGUUUAAUGUUAGAAAUAUGGUAUAUCUAUAAGAGUUCAUGUUUGACCAGAAGGUUUUUUAGCCUGUAAGCAAGCUCCCUGGGGGAUUCUGGGGGUAUCUCCGCCCAUCCCCUGUCCAUCCACAGCCCCAAGGACCCCCAAGAGAACUUGCUCAAAGGCUAUAAAGUUUGCAACAGGUCACAUUGCUCAUUGUAAAUUCUUUCUCUACAGUGAUGCGAACUGGUGGAAAGGAGAAAACAGUCGAGGCAUUGGUCUCUUUCCUUCAAAUUUUGUGACAUCUGAUUUGUCUGAGCCUGAAAGCCGUAUGUAUCCUCUACAGUUGCAAUCUACAUUGUAGCGUUUUGUAUUUUUUUUCCUUUGCACUUUGGUGUCCUUAUAGAAACCUGGGCUGAGUUACUCAAAGCAUGGUUAGCUUUAACCAUUGGUUAAGCAGUAUCAAAACCAAUACGUUGUCAAGGUGUUAAACGCUGGUUAACGCUAACCAUGCUUCGAGCAACUGGGCCCUGUAUGUUACAUUGCCCAGGAGGGAAAGUUUGCAUGGAAAAUUCGUGAUGCAUUAGUUGGACGCAAACAAUGAUGCAAUAAAGGAAAGGCACAUGACAAAAUUUGACACAUUGUUGUCUGUUACUCCUCUCAUCAAACUUCCUUCAGCUUCGCUUAAACUAGACUGCAAAACAGUCCGUAUUUUUGCGUAUUCAAGUACGUGCGAGCAGUCAAACCAACCGAUUUCUUUACUGAUUUUGAGAAAAAAACCGACUGUUUUGCAGUCUACGCUUAAACAAAAUACUUGCGGAUCUCACUCAGGUGUCUGGUGAGAAAGAUCAUGUUUAUGUCUUUAACGUUGCAUUGCUCCAUAUUUCAGCACCCAAGGUUGAAAAGAAGAAGGUUCGGUGGGCAGAUGAGCCGAGGCAACAAUCAGCCACUGAAGGUACUUUGGAGAUGCUAACGAAAUCACCUUUUCCUUUCUUCUCUACCUACAAGAAAACUUCCCCCAGAGCAAACGACCCUUAAAGGGUCUAUGUUAAGCUAUUUUUUAAAAAAGCUGAAAUUUUUUUCACAUCAAUUGAACUCCAAAUAAUGGUCCAGUUUUGUUAUAAAGGACUAUAUUUAGGCAUUGAAAAUGUUUGCCUGUCUUUUGUGGCAGCGGAUGGCAAGGAUGGCGGACAUGGAUUGAAACGUGAAUGUUAUGCCCGCAAUAACCACCCAAACAAUAUUGUAGUGAGUGCUCCCUGGUGAAAUUCGUUUCAUAUCUUUUCACAACUCUUCAGAAGCAUUUUGUAUAUGGGUAAAGGCGCUAAGUGAUGACUUCUGUACAGAUUGACCUAAAACAGUAAUGUCCUCCUGACAUAGCACCCUUAAACAUAUCUUUGCACACCCUAGACACCCAGAAACACUCAAUGACUUUUCGCGUAGUAGAGCAGAAAAGAAAAUAUUUAAAAAAAAAAACGUGCCCAUCAACCAAUCUCAUUACGUCGAGGAGUGAUUCAAAGACUUAGCGGCAGAAGUGGGGCUGUGUGUUUGCGCCAGAUUGAUUGAGUUGUAUUUGUCGCCUCCACUAGCCACAUGGAUCUCAAGUCGCAUAUAUUUUUAGUUUAUCACUUUGGAAGUCAUUCAUCCUCCGAGACCUAGGGGUAGGUAGUCGGGUGAAAGUCACGAACAUUGUAUCUUCCCGACUAACUGCCCGUGGGUCUCCGAGGAUGGAAGUUAUUACGAUUGCCUGUAUUUAUAUUUUUACCUGUGUAUUUGCUUUAGGCUCUGCAACACCUGUGAAAACAGAAAUUAGCGAGGUACGUCGAGUUUUUUAGGAGCAAAGAUGACAUACACUAGUGUUGCUCGGUCGUUUCGAUAGAAAGUCGUUUCGACGUUUCGAUACAGGUUUAUUCAGUUGACGUGUAAAUAGUUCCACGUACUUGGCUUAAAGAAGGAAGAGUAUUCCCCCAGAUGUUUUUCUUGUUAUCGCGUGAACUCUACCCAGUUUUGAAGUGAACGAAUUUUUUCUUCAAUUUCACUAUUUAAGUUCGUAUCGAAAAUACUUGUAUCCACGCUCAGAAUCAUAAGUUUAUUUCGUAUCCUGUAGAUGGGAUGUCCACUUGUCUAUAUAUCUCAGGGUAUAAAAGAAUUAUGUCUUAAGGAAGCAAUAAUUUAGAUGUCGUAGUUAUUAAGAUUUUGUGUAUUUCAAACUCUUUUUUGCAAGUUUAUCCUUUAAGAAUGCCAGCCUUAUACCAAUGGAGGUUUUUUUUUGUAUCUAGGAAAAAAUAAACUUGUGCACAAACAUGCUGAAAGGCGCCAACAUCGAAGGCGAGGAUGAUGAAGAAGAAAAAAUUCAAGAUAUGGAGGGUUUGUAGUGGUGUUUUCUUUUCUUCUUUUUCUCGUAUGUUGUUAUCUCUUGCUGCUCAGUCUGGGGCCCAUUGCUCGAGAGUCCCGGUAAUUUUUCGGGUCCGAAUCAAAUAGACUGUAUUCAAAUUCAAAUCUAAAUCUAAAGAAUGUGAGUAUGGCUCCUAGCUAACAAACUGUGACCAGUUUGUUUUGUUAACUGAUAGUUUUAUCAUUGUUAUCUGCAAAACUAGUAAAAUCUCUACCUUGAAUGUAAAUAACAACAGCUUUUUGGGCCCCUUAGUUAAGGUGGCUCUGUGGAGGAAAUUUUUAACUGCAAGCAUUUAUGUGAAAGCUACUGUGUACUUCUCUGCUACUGUGAUCUUUAGUUUAUUUUAAAACUGUGAAAAUUAGAAAUUAUGGAACUAAUGGUAAUUAUUAUUUGAUAGAUGAAUGUUACAGAAUGGAGCCACUCAUUAAGGACAAGAUUGAGGAAAGCGAGAGGUACGGCAGCUGUAGUCAAAUGCAAUUUUGAUGUUUUUAAAAAGUACAUUUAUUACUUGGUCAGUUUUGCCACUGGCUAAUUUUGUGGGUUGAAUGCAUAAACGUUCUCUGAACUCUCGAGAGCUAUCACGUCCUCUAUUGUUGAGGAUAGUGUAUCCUAAUUCUAAAGAUUACAGUUUGAGGUCAAGAGGAUUUGUCACUAAACGACAGCCUUUUUGUGAAGACUUAAUUUGUGCUCUCACAAACGCAAGAUUCGCAGCAACUGUGGAUUACUGAGCGUCCAUCUGUGUGAUUGAGUUUUUAACAAAAAUGACGACCGCCAACGUUUGACUUGAAUAUCUUAGUUUUCCUCCUGUGAAAUGAUAUUUAUAUCUUCCAUUCCGUAGAAAACACCAGGAAUUAACAUCAAUGAACGAGCAGUACCUGCAAGCACUCAGUUUAUAUCAAAGGUUGGUUAAAUUCCCUACCCUACACAAAGGGGAACUCAAUCAAAUUUAACUGCAUUCAGGGUGUCGCCUAUAUACAUACCAGGCAGCAUAUUUGAAUCCGUCAUGCAAGUAGUGAAAGUUUGUCACAGAACAGAUUUGUAUGACCCGCGAAUCAUAGCGAUUACUGGGCUAAAAAUGGCUUCAGUGUUUGGCGGUGUCGUUGUUUACUAAGAAGAGUUGUUACCUCUAGAAACGUAUCGCCGGUUUGACUACAGUUCUAACGUAGUCCCCUGUCCAAAAACAAGAGAUGCAAACAAUGCACUGAACCAAUCACAAAAUAUGCAGGCAAAUACAUGUAACGGACGCCAGGUGCGUGGGGUGCAAUUGAGCCACGAUUGAUCAGUAGAUUCUACUUCUGAUUGGUUGUGACAGUGGUGCGAGACUUCGUAGGCCAAUCGCAUUCAAGUAAUGCGAAAAGUCACUCGUCUCGCGACUUCAUUGCUCGCUUUUGCCCGCUUCGUGAGCGUCCCUCGCGCCAUCGUCACUCACGCAGUCGACUUGUGGCAAGUCUAUGAACUAAAGCGUUUACCAUCUCGUAAAAACUAUCUUCCGGCGGAUAGGAGACGUUUCUGCUUAACAUCGUUGGUUUUUGUGUUCUUUGCAGGCUAAUGAAAGAACCGUUACCAGUUCCGACGCUUCCUUACGCUGCUAAUCCCCAGGGCUCUAUGGGAAUGUACCAGAUACCAGCUUCAACAAUGCAGCAAUAUCCUCAAGUAAGAAUCCUAAAAGCGUUCGUGAAUUUAUUCUUGUUUCUUUUUUAUUCACCUUUGGUGGUUUGCUAGUCCUAUAGCUUACUGUUUAAAGCCAAACUUCUAGUUAUUUAUAGUUAACCGAGUGUAAUCUUUCCGCUCUGUGCAACAGAGAUUGCGCAGUGUAGAAAAUGUCUGUGAUGUGACUCUUUAACAGACAACUUCAAAGUAUUCCUAUGCAAUGGAACCUCUCUUCUGGGACAACACUGUGCAAGGGACGCCUCCAUUCAGGGGACACAAAAUUAGGUGCAGGAAAAAUGUUCCCAUAAUUUUUGUAUCUGUUACUUAUUGAAGGGACAGCUCUAUUGAAAGGAAAGGGACCUUUUUCUGGGUCCCAAAACCUAGGUGUAACCUCCAUUCAGGGGAUACCUUAGCACUCAAAUCCUGACUGACCACAAAGAGGGUGUGAGUCAUUAUGCGAUUUUAGCCAGAAAACGCGUUAAACACGAUUUUAAGCAUUUUCUUUUCCCAUCCCUAAAAAGAGGUUCCAUUGUAAAAAUUUCAGAAAAUUUCACUAAGACCAGAAUGAACUGCCGAACAUUAAGUAUACCGUGCAGAAAAUUUUCCAGAACCUGAAAGUAAGAAAUUCACAUUAAAAUUUCAAUCUGCAUGGGAGUGAUAGAAUUUUAGUGACUAAAACUCUAUCACUCCCAUGUAGAUUAAAAUUUAGUGGUAUUUGAUUUGAGCCUCUUGGGUUCAACCGUAAUUAAGUUUGGUGUUGUGGGAUUGCAUACAUUGAUUUGUUUGAUUAGGAAAUAACCUCACUGCUCCCUCGCUCUAGUCUCGAUUUUUUUUUUUACAUUUUCUUUCGUUAUUUAUGGUCCCAGGUCUCUCAAAUGUAUGUCCCGCCGCCGGUAGGCUAUCCCCAGGUCUCCCCUCCUGCCUCUCUGCAGUACGUGAAUGAUCCUAGUGCGACUGCUGUGGUAAGUGAAUAAAGUAAAGGACCUAAACAGUUACGAGGUACCAGUAACUUUAGCCUGAGAAAACAACUACACUUCGCGACGUCUGUUCUAGUUUUCCCAGGAUAUGACGUCUGAAAAUGGAGCGCAGGAAUCCCUUACUGACGGCGCCUCACUACCCAGAUCUGGGAAGUGCUUCUGAUUGUGAAAGCAAAUUUCCCGCGCGGCACGACCAAUCAGAAGCACCACCCAGAUCUGGUAGGAACGCCUUAACUGCGCUUGUUUCUCAGACGUCAUUCCGCGGGGAAACCAGUGGUGGCGCAGCGAAAUGUCGGCUGUUUUCUUUUGCUACAGUAAUUUUCGGUUCGUUGUUAACACUCAUUGUGACAUCCUGGCCAUUCUCGUGUACAAAAAGUAUUAGGAUGUGCGUGGGUAAGGGUACGUGAAUGGUUAUCACAAGUCAGAAUUUACCAACAAAAGUGUCGGAGAUUGUAAUAUACAAUAGUAUGAGGAUAGUGUACAGAAUUUACUAUUCUUGGUUUUGCAACCACGUGGUAAGGCAGCCAUUUUGGGCGUCAAUACAACAGAAUUUUUUCUUGACGAAGGAUUUACAUGAAACUGGAGUUUAGUUCCCAGAGGAAAGAAAUGUUUUUAUUCUUGACCACCAACAUGGCCGCCAUGACGUCACGUGCGAACCAGCAAUAUGGCGUCCUUACAUGUCGGAUCCGUCUUCGCAUAGCUUAGUAUACGGGACUCAUUACAAACAUGUUAUAUUUGUUGUUUUAUACAAUGCAAAUCUGCGAGUGUAUUAAACGACUUCAAUCUCCUUUACAUUAGGUUGAGGUGUUAAUAGACCAUUUCCGAGCUGCUCCAAGCGUCUGGUUCAAUGUAAGACUAAGCGCGAAUCCGUUGAUAUGAAAAGGAUUUCUUAUUCUCAUGCAAAUAAAACUCAUUUUCACAGGAAUAGUUUGGACUUAGCCUCGUUUUGAAAGUGAGGGUUGUUGGAAUUGUCAUAGCCUGUGGCCCCUACCCCUCUCGACGCCUGCUACGUUGGUUAGAUCUCUGACCGUAUUCCGUGGGCUUGGGAUUGAUCUCAACCAUAGUUUGAUACUUUAUCUGAGACUGCUUCAGUUUGCGUAUAUUUGUGCAAUUUUCUUUUAGGGUGCUGCAUACUCCAAUCAAGGUCCUGUGCAGCCCUACGGAAGUCAUGCGCCAAGUCACGUGACAUCCUUGCCUUACCAACCCUCUCAACUCAGCCAAGGACAUGGUCCGCCCCAGGCCCCUCUGCAACCACCGACCAACUCGCACCAAGGGUUCGCAAAUCAACAGCAAGUACUACCGCAGAUACCCUACCAACAGAUUUCUUACCAACAGGGGGUCCCUGGGGCACCGCCCGAGUACCCAUCCCAAAGUGCACCGCAAGAUUAUUCAUCGCAGUACUUCACACAGGCAAGCAUGGCAAGCUACCCGAAUUUUCCCGCUCAACCUCAAAUGGUUUAUUCUCAACAACCGUUGCUCUGAUGGGCUCUGAUAUGCUCAGUCUGUCUCUACUUGAUUAGUUCGAUUAAUUUGCUGCCUCAAAAUCAUAGACGGCACGUAGUUUUCGUCUUUUUUUUUUUGUCCUGAUGAGGAAAAAGAAACAAAUGUAACACAAUUGUCAAGGUCAACGAACUACGAUCUUGAUGAAAUAUUUUCUGAUAAAAGUUUCUGCUGGAAAAUUCCCCUACAAUUUCUCCUUUAAGAAAAUACGUGGGCAUCGAAGGAAUCUGAAUUAAAAGAGGUCUAAUGACCUGACGAAUUAUACUGGAUUAAGAAAUUCAAUACACUUGAAAGCAACAACAAACCGGGUUUAAGACGAUCAGGGGACAAAUAAAUCUUCCUCACCACAGAUAGCAUGAAAGCACUAUUUACAGCUGGAGGUGUUGGCAAUAGCGUUUUGCAAACAGAUCAGGCGUCUGCGCACUUAAUUAUGUUCAACGGUGUGCGUCAAAUGAACUUGCCGGCCUCGGUAGUUCAAUAGCUUCAAAACGCUAUCGAUAAACAAGAGAAUUACCCAAAAGAAAUUCACUGGAUAGAGAGAUUCAUGCAGUAUUUCACGUACCUGGACUUGGCUGAAUAGAGGUUAUAAGAAGUUUUGGACUCGACAAGACGAACUACCAAUUUUACCUGUUUUACUGACUUAAUAAAGUAUGCCAUUUUAACCUAUGGCGUCGAUCAAAUUCUCUUCAACCUUAUUUGGCUGUUGUUGUUUUUGUUUUUAAAAGUUCCGUUUGUUUAAUUUUAACUACAGUUGUAGCCUGCGAACAAGUUGUAUGGAAGGGAGGGGAUGCAUGGCAAUGUUCUGCCCUACCCCCUCCCUCUGAAAGCUUACUUACAGGCUACGACUCGUUUGUCAUAGGCAAUAGAAGUGGUCCCACUGACUGACGUAAUUAUUGAUAUUUGUACAAAUUUGUUUUCAUACAUUUUGUCUGCCAAAGCAAAUAAUACAUCAUGAGAGAAGUAACUUAAAGCUAUUUUGUUUACAAUGUUACGUAUUUUAGUUGGCCCUUCCACGGUUUUUCUAAAUUUUUACUUGUAGCAGUUAUCGAAAAUCGAUCGACGACGAUGAAACAAGCGCCUUAAAACCGGUAUAGCUUUGUCAAGUUUUAAGGCAUUUUUUUACAACUACCGAAGAUAAGGCUCCGUAAAUUCGCGAAGUUGUACAGACGUUUGAAUGGCGUCUUUUUGGGGCUAAAUCUUCAACGAGUUAACUACUUUUAAGGAGCCCUUUAAAUUUCAGCGGUGUUGAUGCCGUGAAAGGGUCUGUUUUUGACAAAGAAGCUAAUUUUCAGUACGAGUAUAAAUCCUGAAGUGUAUCGCCGAAAUGAACACAACGAAACAGUUCGUUGCUUAUGUAGCUGA